AUUCUCGACUGCGCUCGUAGCGGCAGAUGGAGAAAAGCAUCUGCGGCUAACCGGCGAGGAUGUGAUUGAGUGCCGCGACCCGCGACGCGAGCGCGAGAUUUUAUUUGGAUCCGAAUGUUUUUUUGUCAUCGGAGCGAUCUACGAUGAACCUGACCGCGGGAAACCCGCAUGGCAACGGCUUGCUCUACGCCGGCUUCAAUCAGGACCAAGGAUGCUUUGCCUGUGGUAUGGAGAAUGGAUUCAGAGUAUACAAUUGUGACCCAUUGAAGGAGAAAGAAAGACAUGAUUUUAGUGACGGAGGUCUCGGAUAUGUAGAAAUGCUUUUCAGAUGUAAUUAUUUAGCGCUAGUUGGUGGUGGAGCAAAGCCAAUGUAUCCAACAAAUAAAGUUAUGAUAUGGGAUGAUAUAAAAAAAUUGCCAGCAAUCACUUUAGAAUUUAAUGCAUCUGUAAAAGGAGUAAAAUUGCGGAGGGACAGGAUAGUAGUAGUAUUAGAAGGUGUUAUAAAAGUUUACACAUUUACGCAAAAUCCCCAACAGUUGCACGUAUUUGAAACUAAUCCUAAUCCGCGAGGAUUGUGUGUUCUAUGUCCAAAUAGUAACAAUUCUUUGCUCGCCUUUCCUGGAAGAAAAAAUGGCCAUGUUCAAGUUAUAGAUCUGGCUAAUACGGAGAAGCAACCUUUAAAUAUAGAAGCACAUGAAACGCCUUUAUCUUGCAUAGCUUUAAACCUGCAAGGCACUAGAUUGGCUACUGCCUCUGAGAAGGGUACUCUGAUAAGAGUAUUUGAUACCCAAAAUGGUAACAUGAUUAAUGAAUUAAGAAGAGGAGCAAAUCAUGCAAAUAUCUAUUGCAUAAACUUCAAUCACGAUUCUACGUGGCUCUGCGUUGCCAGUGAUCAUGGAACCGUACACGUAUUCGCCGUCGAAGAUCAAAAACUGAAUCGCCAAUCUAGUUUAGCGUCCGCCACGUUUUUGCCAAAGUACUUUAGCUCGAGUUGGAGUUUCUGCAAAUUUCAAGUACCGAGCGGUCCGCAAUGCAUGUGCGCGUUUGGUCAAGAUAACAAUAGCAUUAUAGUGAUAUGCGCGGACGGUAGUUAUUACAAGUUUGUAUUCAACAACAAGGGUGAAUGCACGAGAGACUUUUAUGCACAGUUUCUCGAAUUGACCGACGACAAAGCGUGAUUGGAGGACGAUAAUGGCGGUGAAUUCCCAAUCGUACGACGAGUGAUGACUAUCGUCGUGUUCCUUCGUUAUUUUUAUUUAUAUCAGUUAAUAAAAAUGGGCGAGUAUGGCGAAGGUACAUUGCGCUCAUUGAGAUUGCAAUAUGUGGACUGUGCAUAGAAAAAGUAACGUCCAUAUCGGAUGUUAUGAUAGAGGACCAAAUAAAGAGUUCUAAUUAAUUGUUGGUGAUACCGAUCGUUGAUGUAUUGCGUGACUUUUUGAAAAAGAAAAAGAGGAAAAAAAAGAAAGAUUAUCGAUGCGAAUAUCGCAAAAUGUGUUAAUGGACAUUAUGUCAUAAAUCUGUUACACGAGCCUAUUCAACCUGACGCCUAUUAAUAGAAGAGCAAAUUUUUAAAUAUAAAAAGAAAAAACAGAAGGAAUAUACCCCAGGUAUAACACAAGGGACACCGCAAGUUACUUGUUGACGUGAUACUCACAUUUUUUCUUACAGUUUAGAUAAGAAUGCUGCUGCAACUAUAGCUAAAGCGAAUGUUGGCCAUAAAUAUCAUUGUGGCAAAAAAGAAAUAAUCAUUUUCUGUAGCUAUGCAGUAAAAGCUUUGCAAUGCAAUCGUGUAUCCUUAUCGAUUUUGUGUUUCUCUAGCUCUACAAAUUUUUUCGUUAUAUAUAAACACGUUAUAUAUUAUAUAAAAAUGAUAUAUAAAUCUCUACUCCCUUUAACAGUUUUAAAUAAAUUAUUGUUAUAAAUACUGCAUUCUCCGGUUAUAGAAUCGUAACUCUCGGGAUCGGCCGUUAUAAUCGGGGCUUGAACUUGUUUAUAAUUUAGAAAUUAAUCUCUAGUCCUAUCAAUUUUAUCGAUAGUUCGCCUGAAUGAAAAAAAUAAAAAUGAGAGUGAGCGAGAUAGAACAACAUUUUUAUGAAAUCGUCUAUUUGGCUUUUGAUAUAUGAUAAGGAUUUAAACUCGCUUGCUCGAGAAAUUGAAAAAGCAAAGGCUAAAUUACGAUUUUACAAUCGAAGCAAAAAUUGAUUUUAUAACCGGGAGGUAUUAUUUUUGGCGAUUAAAUAAACAUGUCUUCGUUUUAUAGCCGAAUCAUAUCAUAUACACAUUAUACAUAUAUGUAUCGUACUGGAA